CUGACGUGGGGCUCGAUCUCACAACCCUGAGAUCAUGACCUAAGCCGAAAUCAAGAGUCCAUCACUUAACCGACUGAGCCACCCAGGCGCCCCUGACUCUAAAUUUUAAAAUAGAAUGUUUCCGAGAAAGGUUAUGUUCCCUGUUAUAAUGUGUUAAUCUUAAAGCCUAAACUACUAGUAGUAUUGAAGGCACAUGUUCAGAACUAAUUGUGUAGCAUUUGGCUGCUUCUUUUCAGGGAAACUUUUAAAAGCAGAGUAUAUCCUGAGCAGUCUAAUAAGCAACAACGGAGCAACAGGUAAGGUGCUUUCAUAUCUUCACAACGACCUUCACCUGCAGUAUCUACUGGAGUUCUAGUUUAAAAGCAACUGAAUGACCUAAUAGUUACUCUACACUAGACGUCUCCAGAACUCCCUGAAAUUUGAGUAGCAAAUCAUUCAAACCUUCAGAUAUCUUGUCUGAAUUUCUGGACAUUAAAGUCAAUAAGUUUCCCAGUAAAUUGAACACAAUUUCCGGAGAUUUUUAAUCCCAGUGUGCUUGGAUCCAAGGUUCCCAAGCUCCUUGAAACUUGUAGACAUUUCCAGUGGGGAGGCAGUUUGGAAUACAGAUAUUGACCAUACACCCCUCAUUUAUGGCUACCAUCACUAACCUAUGAUAUGCACACAUCCCAUCUUCCAUACCACACACACACACACACACACACACACACACAUGCUGGGAUUAGAAGCUCAGGAGAAUAGAGAACAUGAUGUGACACAGAAUCAAGGAGGAUGUGAUAAUGAAUUUGACUCUAUUUUUGGUGUUUGACCACUGACACUUUUCAGGCCCCAGCCUUCCCCCAUCCACAUUUUCCCAUAACUGGACAGGCUGGCGGGGGGUGGGGGUUGGUUUGGUUUAAACUCACUAAUCAAUAAAUUGAGCAUACCUUGUGGGAGACUUUACCCCAGCCCCAGACCCCAAUCACAAUAAAAACCAAAGCCACUCACCACUCUUCACUCAUGUCAAAUGGACCAGCUUGGGUGCCUGCCUACUCUCCUCAAAAAGCCUCAUUACAUGAGUACUAAAUCUUUUCAUACCUUCUUGGUGUGCACGUGCAGUCAUCAGUCUCGACCUCCAAGCCAAUUUUGGGUGGACCGGAAGGAGGAGCUGUUCUCCUCAGGAACCAGAGGGAAGCGGGUCCCAGGCAGAGGUACCUGGCUAUAUAGAAAUGAAAGCGACAAGGUCCUGGUGCAGUCAGUCUGCAUACAGAUCAGAGGGCAAAUUCUGCAAAAGCUAGGGAUGUGGUACGAAGCAGCAAAGCUAAUCUGGACCUCCAUCAUAGGGUACCUGACACUUCUGCAGCCAGAUAGAAAGGGUAUUUCCACAUCACUAGGUAUACUGGCAGACAUCUUUGUUUCCAUGAGCAAAAAAGAUUAUGAAAAGUUUAAAAACAAUCCACAGAUUAACUUGGUAAUUAUCACACGUCAAAACCACAGUGCAGAGUGGUAUCACCUUACAAAACUGCCAGCGUUUUUGGUGAUUGGUACAUCAAUCUCGUUCUCUCUCCAGGAGUCAGGGAGCACAAGUGUCUCCCCUUUUCGGGGUUUGCUGAAGGAGUUCGACCACCAUUUGCUGUCAGCUGCAGAAGCUUGCAAACUGGCAACAGCCUUCAGUCCCUACACGCCCCUCUUUGUGCUCUCGGCGGUGAAUAUCCGUGGCACAUGCUUGUUGUCAUAUAGUAGUUCUAAGGACUGUCCUCCAGAAAUGAAAAAUUCAUAUCUGUGUGAAGCCAAAGAGGCCUUCGAAAUUGGCCUCCUCACCAAGAGAUAUGAUGAACAGGUUACUGGAAAACAAGAGCUUCACAGUCUCCUCAAAGCUGCUUUCGGCCUUACCACAGUGCACCAAAGACUUUAUGGGGAGACGGAGAUAGUCCGUGCAGCAGGUCAGCUCUGUAAUGAAGCUAUGGGAAAGCUGUACAGUUUCAGUACUUCCUCUGGAAGUCAGGAGAGAGAAGCUCUCUCCCGGCAGGUCUUGUCUAUUAUCGCCCAGGUAAAGGAUCAUUUACAAAUUCAAGUCUUCUCAAAUUUAGAUGGCAAGUCUUAUGUUCCAGAGAGUUUCAAGCAUGGGUUGGAUAAACCCAUCUUGUAUGGGCAAGUGGAUUUCCAAAACAUCCUUGAAGCCUAUUCACAGCACCAUACUUCAGUGUGUGAAGUAUUUGAAAGCUCUUGUGGAAACAACAAAAAUAAACAGAAAGAUACAGAAACAGGAGUCUGCAUCACUACUCUAAAAACAGAGACAAAAAACAUAGACACUGUGUGUACUACUGAAGACCAAUCACAUUUUGAAAAAGGCAUGGUAAUAUCUUCCUCCCAAAUGGCCAAGAAUAAUCAGGAGAAACUCAGGAGGAUAGGAAGGAAAAACUGGCCCCAUUCUGAUGCUUUUCGAGUCUCCUUGGAUCAAGAUGUAGAGACUGAGGUUGAGUCACCAGACCACAGCCAGGGUAAAGGAGCUGUUUUGAACAAGUCUCUGAGUGACAGCUGUUGCUCUAGUUCUUGGAGCAAGUUAUCAGGGGUCAGUUCUUCUACAAGCUGGGAGGAAGUGAGUUAUAUCGAUGAAAGGUCAACCAGAAAAGAGCCUUGCAAAGAAGACCAGCUUGUGGAUACUCAGUGUUCCACUGCCCUGUCUGAAGAACUCGAGAUUGUUGAGGACGGCAGAGCUGUACAUCCACUGUCUUCAGAGCUUCAUGGUCUCUCUCUCCAAGGGUCCAAGGAUGACAAUUUAGAGUCUUCUCAAAGUCAGCUACACAAAGACAUGCCCUUGACAACCUUCUGUCCUCCUAACACAGCAGGCAUGUUCUUGGCCUCUGGCGCAGGGCUGUUAGAAGGAGCUCCAGAAGGUCUACAGAAAGUCAGAACCAUGGGAUCCGGAAACACUUCUGCUCAUUCCAGACCUUUGUUUGGUUCUGCUUUGUCCUCUUCUGAUUCUGGUUGGCCCAAGAACAUAGCCACAUAUCCUUCGGUCCGAGAAGAAGAAACCUUUGAACUAACUGAAUUUCCAGAAAUCAACUGUGAUGCCAAAGACAGGCAUGGGGAAGAAAUCAAAAGAGGCACAGGCCUUACAUUUAAAGAUAGCCCCUCUGGGCUUGACCCAGAAGGAGAAACAGAGGAAAAAGAAGAGGAUAUGCCCUUAGACUCUUAUGUAGUCAUGGAGGAUUCUCUGGGCAAAAGUUCUAUGAUGGCAUGUAGCUCUUUCACUCUUCAUUGGCCUGUUCAAAAUCCUGACUCAGGAAAGAGCAGAGGCUCAGUCAAAGAGCAAGACAUUGACCCUGAUGCAUCCACAGUGGAUGCGGAGGGCCAACUGCUCGACAGCACAGAUGUUCACCCCACAAGUGGGCGUGGCUCUUCUAGCCUGUGUGCUCUGAGGCAGCUGCAUAGUCAGGGGGCUGAGACCCUCGACCCAUCUGUAAGCAGUAACAUUGCCUUACCUGAUCUUAGCAAGGACUGCACUACCACAGAGGAAGGAAACAAACCAGGAAACAUACUAAACUGCAGCCAGAACUCCAGCUCAUCCUCGGCGUGGUUGAAAUCAUCAGCAUUUUCCAGCGGUUCUUCUGAGGGGGACAACCCCUGGUCCUUUCUGAAUUCCAGUGGCAGUUCUUUUGUUUUGUUGCCAGGAAUGAUAAGGCAAGAGAUCCUAGAGGCUCGAACCCUGCACCCUGAUGACUUUGAAAAACUCUUGGCAGGUGUGACGCAUGAUUGGCUGUUACAGAGACUGGAGAAUACAGGAGUUUUUAAGCCAAAUCAACUCCACCGAGCACACAAUGCUCUUUUAUUAAAAUACUCUAAAAAAUCAGAAUUAUGGACAGCCCAAGAAACUGUUGUAUAUUUGGGGGACUACCUGAAUGUGAAGAAGAAAGGCAGACAAAGGAAUGCUUUUUGGGUCCAUCAUCUUCAUCAAGAAGAGACUCUGGGGAGAUACGUUGGGAAAGAAUAUAAGGAGCAGAAGGGGCUCUGGUGCCACUUCACUGAUGUGGAACGACAAAUGACUGCACAGUACUAUGUGACAGAGUUUAACAAGAGACUUUAUGAACUAAAGAUUCCAACACAGAUAUUCUAUAUCCCAUCCACAAUAUUACUGAUUUUGGAAGGCAAGACAAUAAAGGGGUGUAUCAGUGUGGAACCUUACAUACUGGGAGAAUUUGUAAAGCUAUCAAAUAACACGAAAGUGGUUAAAACAGAAUACAAAGCCACAGAAUAUGGCUUGGCUUAUGGCCAUUUUUCCUACGAGUUUUCUAAUCAUAGAGAUGUUGUAGUCGAUUUACAAGGUUGGGUAACUGGUAAUGGAAAAGGGCUCAUCUAUCUGACAGAUCCCCAGAUUCACUCUGUUGAUCAGAAUGAUGUCACUACCAAUUUUGGAAAGAAAGGAAUUUUUUACUUUUUUAAUCACCAGCAUGUGGAAUGUAAUGAAAUAUGCCAUCGUCUUUCUCUGACAAGACCUUCAGUUGAGAAACCAAAAAAUUCAUAGACUAUCUGGUGUGGUAAUGGGGUAGGUUUAGUGCUGCUUACCUGUGUGGGGUCCUCCUCUCCUUCCAGCAUGCACAGUAUGGCAUAGCCCGAUCCCCUUGGGCUUAGGCAGGGCCACUGAAACUAGUUCUAGCCAAUAAUUUGUGAGACGCAUUGUCAAGUAUUAAUUUCAGGCCCAUAUCUCAUUGCCAGUGCAAGAUGCUGUGGAAUUACUUUCCCUCUGCCACAAUUAGCAAGAAUAUUAGCACAAGUCCUGUAGUGAGGGCAACCUGGAAAAGGCCCCCAUCGUGGACACAAAACAGAUGAGAAAUAAACUUUAGUGGCUUAAGCCAUCGAGAUGUUGGAGGCUUAUGUCACUGUCUAUCAACGCUGAUACUAUGGGUGUUUUUCUUAUUGAUUUAGGAGUUCUCUGUAUGUAUUAAAGAAUUCAGGACAUUGU